CCUCAGCCCGCUUACUCAGACGUGCGAGAAAUCCCAACACUCAAACAAGGAAGAUUCGCACCUCUGCGCUACGAUGAGAUUCUCCAAGCCGCCUCCAGAGAUCACGAUGAUCCUCCACCCAAACCUGGUCCGAGCGACUGCUGCGGCAGUAGCUGUCAACCCUGCGUAAAGGAGCUGUGGAGCGAGGAGCUGAGAGCUUGGAAGGAAAGGUGGGGAAAGGGCAGC